UUGUUUGGUUGGAUGGAUUGGUGGUUGGCACAUAUCCCCACCACAAAAUCGUUCGUUGUGUCGGUCCGGAAAUGGCCAGCCGGAUCGUAGGAACGCCAACCGAUCGGGCAGUUGAGUCGCAUCCUUCGACGGAUACACAUCACCACAGUUAAACAAGCAACUCAUUGACAAGGUUUAGUAGUUCUCCGUGAUUCGUUAAGAUUCAACAUGGGUAAAGGCAAGGGUGGCGGUUCCGGUGGUGGUGGUGGUGGCCAGCCGGGCGGUGGUGCCCUGCAGGUGGUGGCGCCGCCAAGGGUGGAAAUGACGCUAAAGGUGGUGCUGGCGGUAAAGCAGCAGACAAGGGAGCCGGAAAGAAGGGUGGUAAAAAGUGAUGGAAUGGAUUUCCUCGGACAGCAGCUCACCCCGACCUACUUCCGGAAGCGAUAACAGCAGCGGAUUCGGCCGGCCAGCGAAAGGGAGCCCCUUACGAAUUCGAAUUGUGAUUUGGACUGUGAACAUUAUUAUUCAAGCGUUUACCGAUGUAUUUAUUGUUGGCUUUUUCCUGCUUGGCGCAAGCACUCGUACGCGGGGUUUGUGCUUCGAAACGGAACAAAACACUUACAAAAGACAAACUAAGCAAACUAGCUAGCUAGCUAAACUCAAACCAGUACUCAAUAGACACGAAACCAAUCCGCUGCUGUAGUAUUUUUCCAUCUCUUUCGCUACGCAACCACCUCUCAUCGUAUCCACCGCACAUCUUUCACUAGAACGACGACAAGAGCACCUUCUCUAUCUAUGGUUAAGAUUUGUUUUAUAUUAUUUUCCUCGCAAGUGAAUAUACAUUUAAAAGCUUUCAAUGGAAAUAAAAGAAACAAGCUAUUCAAAAACUA